UUCAGAAUUCUUCAGGAGCCCUCGCCUGUGCACCGGCCCGGAUCCUUAGGACAGGUAGUCCUGCUCUGCUCCCGAUCCAUUCCCGAGAGAGAGGACGGUGGCGCCUUCCACCGUGAUCGUGACGACUUCCGCGGAGGAGGGAGAAAGGGAGGGGGUAGAGAGUGAGCGAUCCGAGCAGUACUACCACCGCAAAGGGAGAGAGAUGGCGGAGUGCGGCCGGAAGGCGCUGUCCCUCCUGGAGGCGGCCCGCUCCCGCUACGAGAGCCUGCAGAUAUCCGACGACGUGUUCGGCGAGUCCGGUGACGACAGCAGCGACAACCCGUUCUACAGCACCUCCGGAGACUCGGACUCAGACAACUACAUCGCUGAGGUGGGCGAGGAGGAACCCCACCAUCAUCAUCAUCCUCACCACUACCACCACCACCAUCACCAGAGACGGGCCGACAGAGAGAGCUCGCACGGCGGGAGAGCAGGCGGAGGUAGCCCAGGUCCUCCGGGUGCUCUGUCCCGGAGUCAAGCAGAAGAGGAGGGCUGGACGGAAACCCUGCAAGAUGUCACCGUUCCGCCGUAUAGAGGAUCUUACGGCCCUGCUCAAAAGAUGCCGGCAACCGCCAGCGCUUUGGACUUCUUCCAGCUUUUCGUGCCGGACAACUGCAUCCAAAACAUGGUGACGCAGACCAAUAUGUAUGCCAAAAAGUUCCAAGAGCGCUUCGGCUCGGACGAGGGCUGGCGUCCGGUCACAUCCCAGGAGAUGAAGGCCUUCCUGGGCUUCGUCACAUCCACCAGCGUGCACCAUUGCGAGUCAGUGCUCAGCAUCUGGAGCUCGGGCUUCUUCAGCAACCGCAGCAUCGCGCUCAAGAUGAGCCAAGCACGCUUCGAGAAGAUUCUGAAGUACUUCCACAUUGUGGCCUUUAGGCCAUCGCAGGGAAGCAACCAGGGCCUCUACAAAAUCCAGCCCUUCCUAGACUCGCUACAGCAGGCUUUCAGCUGCACGUUCAAGCCUUCACAGACACAGGUCCUUCAUGAACCUUUGAUAGACGAAGAUCCGGUUUUCAUCAGCACCUGUACGGAACGUGAGCAGAGGAAGAGGAAGAAGAGGAAGUUUAGUCUUUGGGUUCGACAAUGCACCUCCACAGGAUUCAUCUGUCAGGUCUCGGUGCAUCUGAAAGAGGGCCAAGGUGUGGACGGCCUGGGCGCCUUGAAGAACAAACCUCAGCUGCAUAGUCUGGUGGCCAAGCAGUUGUGCCAAAACAUUUCUGGCAAGAACACAAUCAUCUUCACGGGGCCAUCCAUCACUAGUCUCGGCCUUUUCAAAGAGUUCAGCAAGCAAGACAUAUAUUGCUGCGGUCUCCUUAGCACCAGAAAGAGCGACUGCACUGGUUUGCCUCAGAGCAUGCUAGUGUGCAGCUCCACGCCAGCGCAGCGCGGCCAGUGGCGGGUGAUGAUGCAAGGCAGCAUGUCGCUUAUCAGCUGGUACAACAAGGGACACUUCAGGUUCCUCACCAACGCGUACUCGCCUACCAAACAAGGUUUGAUUAUCAAGAGAAAAAGUGGCGAGGUUCCUUGUCCUCUGGCAGUGGAGGCCUUUGCAGCGCACCUCAGCUACAUUUGCAAAUACGAUGACAAAUUCAGCAAGUACUUUAUCUUCCACAAGCCCAACAAGACGUGGCAGCAGGUGUUCUGGCUGAGCAUCAGCAUUGCCAUCAACAACGCAUACGUCCUCUAUAAGAUGUCCGAUGCCUACGCCUCAAAGCGCUACAGCCGGGCACAGUUCGGCGAGAGACUGGUGAAGGAGCUGCUGGACGUCGAUGACGACUGCUCGCCCACGCCGUGAGGAGGCGAGGGAGCACUUACACGCAGCCGCCUCUCUGCCUGACACCCAUAUUCACAUUCACACACUUUCUCUUGCCUGUACAGACUGUGUGUCACCAUGCUGAAGCAGUGCCAACUUGUAAUCGAGUCCUUAUCGGUUUUACUGUAGGUAAUAAGUAACAUCAUGAUGAGGAGGAACGAGUACAGUGAAGAUUUGUCAAAACAUUAGAUCACAUGUGUAUUCAGGGCCUUCUACACAAGCUUAGCUAACCAACAUAGUACAUUUCCCAAUUUAUUUAUAAUUUGUCAAAAAAGAAAACAAUGUGUUCGUCCAUAAAACCCCCACAUUGUUAUUCGCAGCACUUUUUUGGGUCACUCCCUGCACAUUUCUCAACUAUAUCCCACACAGGACAUCUUCCCAGAACUUUUCUUACAAUUAUAGAUUGAACACAAGUUUCCCAAUUUUUUCCAUUACAAAUUCAAACUCUUCAGCCACUUUAGACUAAUUGUCACUUGCCAAUAAUUCACACUUUUCCAAAAGAUAUAUUUAACACAUUUCUCCUGCAUUUCUCUGGUAACUCAAAUAAUUCAAACAGCUCAUCUUAUUAAUACCAUCCGGGGAGCUUUUUUUACUUCAUAGUAUUUCCCACACAUUUUAUCGUAAAAUUUACAUUUUGCCAUGCACAGCAAAAUUACUGUAAGAGAUAUUUUACAGAUUUGACUUGUAUUGCCACAUUUCUUGAUCAGUACAAACCACACUUUAAACUGUUCAGUGACAUUGUCAAGAUUACAUGAAGACUUGCUACAUUUUCACACGAAAUGCUAUUAUUCUGGAUAUACGUAUAUUAAAUAUAAUUACCUGUUCCAGUCAUAAUUUCUGAUCAGGCAUCAAAAUUACUUGAUUUAUUUUAUUCACUUGGUUCUUUCAUUUCACAUUUAAUGGGUGGGCUGGCAUUCCAAAGACAAAAUUAAUUGUAUGUGAGCAAUUAAAAAAAAAAAAUCCCCCUUUAAAUACUUUAAAUGUCCUGUGAAAUACGGUUCCAAGAAACACAAAUGUUUCCACAUAUCUAACAAUGAACUAAUAGAAUGGAUAAUAUAAAUGACAAUGAGAGUAUGUGUACAUAUACUAGAUGUAUUAAAUCAAGCCAAUCACUUAGCUGUAAUUAAGUCAUCAUAGUUUCCGUGUUUCUAUUUUGUUUACAAAUCAGUGUACGUAUAUCACAGACUCAAGAUUGUCAUUUUUUUUUUUUAAUUAUCACUAAUCCAAAGCAAUGUUGUCACAUAUUGUGUGUGUGUGUGCGUGUGUGUGAGGGGAGGACGUGUGAGUGAAUUACUGAACAUCGUGUCGUCAUUUGCAAUACACUUUAUGAAGGCAUCCAAGAGAAACACUUUCUGUAUCAAUCCCACACAUGUAUCCUAUAGUGCCUCCUUUUUGUUUCACUCCCCAUGCAAACAAAAUGAAUGUGAUGGAGGAAAAGUGCUGACACUUCUCGUUUACAUCCUUAAAGAAUCACAAAAUGAAUUACGAAUAACUUGCCCUAGUUGUGCAGUAUAUGUAUGUGGGGGUCAUCGUAUUGUGUGCUUUUCUGUGCAGUGCUUCAUCUAUUCUGUACGUCCAUUGUGGAUUAAUCAGCUCUGAUGAUGAAUAAGAGUGAGCUCAGGGCGCCACGGCUAACUAACCACACUCCUACAUCACAAUAGUAACCCACUGGCUGCCAUUGAGGCCGAUAAACAUCCAAUCCAUUUGACCAUUUGGGGCUGGCAGCGAUCUUCUGCUGCUAACCCUCCCAGCUCAAAUGGAUUGGACGUCUAUUGCCGUUUAUGGCAGUGAAUGAGUUAAUAGCUGACUAACACACGUUCAUACAGUGGAAUUAAUCUCAUAACCGGGUGCUAUCAGUGUAAAUUAGACGUAAAUGUUGUAAUAUCUUAGCAGCCACGAAGAGGAGAUGAAAAACUGGUAAAAGAUGGUUUUAAAAAAAAAAAGGUAUUCCCUUCAUGCAAUUUAUGAGCCGGCCAGACGUGUGUGUGUUUGCGUGCGUGCGAGGGUGUGUGUGUGCAUGUAUUGUGAACUCUGGGUUGAAAUGUGUACAAUAACUGGACCAAAUAAAUUUCAGAAAUGUGUGUAAUGACGAGUUGCACAAGGCGCUUGUGUCACUUCCAUUUUUGAAAUACAGUACAUUACGUAAAAUCUAGUUCAAAGUGUAAGAGAACACCUAAACAAACUCAGCAAUACGAAUUUUGGGCCACAUUCAGACUGCAGGCAUACAGUAUCUGAUUCCAAUUUGAUUUCUUCUUAAAUCUGAUUUUUAGUGCUGACUGUUCACUCUAUUUUUAGCAAGUGUCUAAAUCAGAUCUGGGCCUGUUCGGACGGGGCAGUAUUAUUGACCCGUCUGACAGGCUGCUGUGGCAACGAAGGCGUUAUUCAGUGGAGAGCAUGGGUGUCAGACUUAUUUUGGUUCACAGGCUACAUUCAAGGUAAUUAUAUCAUGUGGGCUGGACCACUUUCUUUUUCACCAAAUACUAGUCUUUCUCAAAA